GGUUGCAUACGCGCGGUGGCGGGGAGUGAAGAUGGCGGAUAGUGAUGUUGAACAAGAACCCGACUGGAGUAAUCCGCUGUCUAACACUGCCGAGGACACUCUCGUCGCCAUGGAAUGCUUGCUGACUACCUUGAGAGCGCUGGAAGCAACGCUCAGGCAACAAGACAUUUCGGAAAUAUCUUCCACCGAAUAUUGCGACAACUUCUGCCAGACACUGAUGCACUAUGCUGGGAGCAGGAAUUCUGUGGAGCAUGGUCUUCCCCUUCUGGAGGUCUACUGCCUGUCCAUCAACUGCUUUGCUGCUGCAAGGCCACACCUCACUGCAGACUCUGAUAAUGUGGCCCUCGUGUUAAAGAGACUAGCAUUGAGCUGUUUUGAACUGUUGCUGUCUGUGCCUGAAAACGAAAUCCCUUAUGAGGCCUGGGUUCAAUUUUACCGUUCUGUUCAGGUGGCCCAUGAUGCCUUGUUGGAGUAUGGGAGCACAGACCUGGCAGCCUUGCUCCAGAUCACAGGAGAGGGGGGAGCAUGGAGUAACCCUGUCCUAAGCGCCCUUCUCACCGGUCAGCCCACAAACACAGAGGAAGUUGAGGCGUACAUUGCCUUGGAGGGGGAGGGCUUCAUGGAGAUGCGGGUCAAACACCUGGAGAAAGUGGGGGAGGUGGCGAAGGCUGUGGUGCUGGCUAAGUCCUGUGCUGAAUGCAACCUCGUCUCCAACCAAACCACCUUCCGGCAGACCUACGUCGCUCUCCUCUGCCACCUGCUGCCCGGUGAGGAGGCCAUCAUGGAGAUAUCCAGACUAGACUGUAAGGAUGUGCUGGAUAUUACAUGCAGUUUGGAGACAGAGGGGGAGGAAAACACAGCCUUCAUCCUGUGUACCACCUUCCUAACUCAACAGCUGCAGCAGCAGAGCCUGUACUGCUCCUGGGAGCUCACACUGUUGUGGAGUAAGCUUCAGAGAAGGAUUGACCCAUCUUUGGAAUCACUGCUGGAGCGUUGCCUGCAGCUAGGUGCCAUUGCUAAGACCGUUUACCAUCUGCUCUUCCUUGUGCACGUCAUUCGGACAGAGGCAGAGGAGCUAGGUCUGGCUUCGUCUGUGGAGUUAUGUGUUAAAGCACUACAGCUCCCAAACAAAGAGGACACAGAGACGAGGAUUUCUGUGUGCAAGACUGUAGCCUGCCUCCUAGCAGAUGAUCUUGAGGUGUUGCGAGCUUGCCAGCUGACAGAGUUUCUUUUAGGCCUCUCUCUUGUGGCCUUCAGCUCCCUUGAAGAGCUCUCUCUGCGGACCGAUCAGAAGUAUGACCAGGAAAACGCCAUCAUCCCCAACUCCCUGCGGUGUGAACUGCUCCUGGCACUUAAAGCCCACUGGCCUUUCGACCCCGAAUUCUGGGACUGGAAAACACUCAAGCAUCAGUGCGUCAGGCUGCUGGGGCUUGAGCCUGAGCCAGAGGAGGAUGAGGAAGAAGAGGAAGAGGGGGGGCAGGAGGAGGUUAGUCUUGGGCAGGAUGUAAAGGAGGAGGUGGAGAGGGGAUUUGUUGAUAUGCCAAGAGAAUACUUAAAUGGGACAAGUGUUGGAAUUGAUGGACAUGAGGAAAAUGAGAGGGACAGUAAACCACCUUUAAAGCCAGAUGCUGAGGGUACCUCAGUGCAGGGCUCACUGCCAAAGAAAUACAAGUUGUUCUGCAAGAUUUGUAAGAAACAUUUUACUGAAACGCGAAUCCUUCUUCACUCGAAUAGGCAUGAAAAAAACGGUGUUUUCACCUGCCCUGUCUGCCUGAAGAAGUUUAAGAGCAGAAAAGAUUUUAUCCCACAUACUAAACUACACCUUCGAAUGCCAUCCAGAAGCACUCGGCAGAAGAAAAAGGACAAACAGAGGAUUGAUUGGGAUAAAGAAAUGGAGGAGGAUGACUUUGAGCCUGGUGAGAUUGCCCUUGAUCCAUCCUUAAUGCUGUACUACCAGUCCACACAUGAUCCUGAUGUUCUGGAGCACAUUUUAGAACAAGCUUCAUCUGCACCCAGGAAGCCUGGACAUGAGGAUAAUGUCACAUUUGAUUACAUUAACUUUCAUUUUGAAUUGCAGAAUCGUGACAUAUACACAUGCCCUGCCACUCACUGUACAAAGACUUUUAAGCAUUCCAAGUACUUGGGUGUGCACUUAAAAUCUGAACAUGUUAGGGACCAGAACGUGAAACAUUAUUUUGAAAUGAAAGACCGUAGGGAAAAGUGCACUUACUGCCAGCGCCACUUCAUGUCUGCCUAUCACCACCGAAGACAUCAGCGUUUGCACUACGGUGACCUGCCUUACAUGUGUAUGGUCACAGGUUGUGGUGCUCGUUUCAGCACCUCCAAUGAGCUUCUCGCACAUAAGCAUAGCCAUGGCUAUGAACUUAGCUACCAGUGUGAGCUCAAAGGAUGUAGUCUUUCUUUCUGUGACUUGGGGCAGGUAUACCACCAUGAAGCACAGCACUUUCGUGAUGCUGCAUACAGCUGCGCAAGCCUUGAAUGCAAGAAGUUCUACUUUUCUAAAAAGGAAUUCAGCAGGCAUUUAGCGUCACACGGCAUUACCUUCUCUCAGGAAGACUUUGAGGCACAGAGGAAGGCCAUAAGAAAACAUCUUGACUCCAUAACUGAGGACAUAGCCAGCCCCAAAAAGUAUUGUGAAACAAAGACUGUACUGGAGGAGGUAGUCAAUGGGGGAAAUAAUGCUACUUCCUCUACAUGCAGAGCCUCCUCUUCACAUGUGUCGAGCUGCAAGGAGCCCAAAGGCACAAUGACAUCGGUUGCUGUGUGCUUUGAUGGAAAAAAGUUCACUUGUGGUUUUGAGAGGUGUGGAUUGACCUUCUCCAAAGCUAGAGAUGUUCACAAGCACCUGAUGGGUUUUCAUCCAGAGCAUUUCAAGGCAGAGAAUAAGGAACGCAAAAAUCUUGACAAAGAGAAGGGCUUGAAAUCUAAAGGUCUAAAGGUCAAAACAGAGCAGAACAAUGAUGACAAGAACAAACAUGAACAUGCAGCUUGUCUGCUAAUGAAGGGAUCAAACCAGGGAAUUGCUUGCCCUUCCCUUAUUAAGAACAACACAACAUCUCCCUCAUGCCUGGCCAAUGAUAAUGACCCUUUGAGAGAGAUUUUGAUUGGGCUUAGCCAGCUUAGUCUGACUCCCUCCAACUCUACAAAUGGAUAUUGUGAGCCCUCCCACCCAAUGUCAGAGUCCACCACAUCAAAGAUAUCCUGCAAUCAGGGUCUUGGCACCAUGUCCCCAGUUGUGUUAUUGCAAAAGAGAGCACCACCCGCUGUUGGUGAGAGGAUGAAAUUGACAUCAAACGCUGAACCAUCAGUAGCCCACGGUCUACCCUCAGAGCAACACUUAGAGUCUACUAAGCCAUACUUCUGUUAUCUUAAUGGCUGCAACUUUAGAUGUGUGAUGAGCACUACCCUGAGGCGCCACUACAUGAACAAGCAUCAUUUCUCAGAGGAGAAGGUGAAAGGAAUGAAGAUUCUCAAAUCACUGACAUUUAAGCCAUUUAAGUGCCACCUCUGCUUCAAAUGCCAUAGAGAGAAGACAGACUUGAGGGUUCAUUAUCUUCAGACUCAUAGACUUAGCGAGGCAGUUGUGGAGAAAAUGAGCUGGUCUAAAAAGUGGGUUGAGGGUAAACCCCCAGAACCCACCAAGCCCACAGUCUCCCUUAUACACAAAUCUCAGACCCUCACCUGGCAACACCCCUCCUGGCAGCAGAAGUACCAGAAAAAGAAAGUAAUGUGGAGGCGACAUGUGGAGGGACAUCCUUCCGUGCUUUCAGAAGACCCAGCUUUACAGAAGUUUAGGUGCAGCUACGCCAACUGUAAUGCCUCUUACCUCCUGAACAGUAGCUUGGUGCGUCACUUGGAGAGUGAGCAUCCUUACCAGGCGAAGAGUAGCCUAAAGCAUCACAGAAAGAGUUAUCAUCCUUACCAGGCGGCCAUGUGCUGCAAGUACGAGGGCUGUACCCAAGUGUUCACCCAAAGCAGUAGUCUGAAAAAACAUGUACUCUCUAGCCACCUCCAUUACUAUGAUUCACUCGUAUUGCGUCUCCAGAAUACUCACAACGACACUUCAGUCACUGGUUGCCAAAAGAAGUUGAUCUUCACAUCAUCUACGCUACAGAAAGAUGCAACCAAGCUACCUCUCAGGCAAUCUCUGAGACACUGCCCAAAGUCUCCCGAAGAUGUUAAGGCUGAAAAAACUAGUGAAGAGCAUGAUGAAGAUGAUGGUGAAAUGUUGAAUGUUGACCAAAGUAUUGUAGAGUCCAAAUCAAAACACAAGUUUGAAGAUAUGGUCUUCCGUUCCCAUGAGGAGGCCUUGCAGAUGUGCCAAGAUCGCUGUCAACGUGAAGCCUACCCAUGCAUGGUGCAGGGUUGUGAUUCUGUAGUCAAAUUGAUACGUAGUAUGCGCCGUCACUAUUUGAAUUGCCACAAAUUAACCAAUCAGGCUUUUGAAUUGAAUGAGAAUAAGCUUGUGUUUAGUGCAGAGCAACUGGAGGAGCUGAUACAGAGGAAUACUGUAUUAUCUGCUUGGCCUGAUAUGACGAGGGCACCUAACGGAGUUCUGAAGAUGGAGUAUCAAGCAGAGCCAGAGAACCCUGGUGGUCCAUCUGUGCCUAUGAGUCUGCACUCCAUCAAAGCAGAAACCCUUGAUGACCAUGACCCACUGGGGUUCAAAGAGGAGCCACCUGCGGAGAGGAAUGUUUUGGUUGGUGCAGAUGACUUGCUUUAUGGAGAACCUACUGGGCACACGGAGGACCCUGCUACUCAGAACAGCCACAGCCAAGAGGCAAGGCCAAGGCGAAAAUCCUCAAACCCGCCUGCUCUUGAUCUCUCUCCACCAUCCUCCCUCAGAUUCAGUGUUGAUGAGGGCUUCAUGGACAGUUCAGGCAAACCAACAAACAUUGUGUCCUUGUCCUCUCCUCAAACCCGCCAGCCACUUAAACGUAAGAACGCGCUCUCUGACCACCCACCCAUUUCAAAGGACCCCCAGCCUCAAAUCCCUCCCCCUCACACAUUUGACCUGGCUACUUACAAACCUAUGGGAUUCGAGUCGUCUUUCCUGAAGUUCAUACAGGAGAACUCCAAGGAUAAGGAUGCUGAGAGGCCCCAGGCUUCUCACUGCAACAACCACAGGCCUGAUCCAACUGUGGUGUCAGCUCGACAGCGGGAUUCCUACAGACAUAGCUGUUCUGUAAAGGAGAACAGCCAGGUGGGCCUCACUACUACCCAUAGCAGGCGGGCUCAGUCUUCCCCACUUAAGCCUCUUCCCAGGACAGGGGAAUACACAUCAGUCCAGAACUUGCGCGUCAUCUUAGACAAGGCUCUUACAGGUUGUGGUGACCUAGCCAUUAAGCAGCUGCAUCACCUCAGGCCCGUGGUGGUUCUUGAGAGGCCAAGGUUUUCCACUUCCUUGCUUGACCUCUUCCCCACAAAAACGAAUGAUAAGCUAAUUCUCGAAGGUUCGUAGAACUGAGCCCAGCCCUUUUGUGUCCAAUAUAAAGAUUUUCUCAGUGUUAUUUUCCUAAUGUUAUUACUACUCUGAUAUUAUCAGUCUCUUUUAAGUUGCCAAACUGAUCAGCUCAAGUACCUAAUUUACAUACAUGUUUCAACCUAAGAAAAACGGCCCCCUGAUUUUUUGAAAAACCUCUUCAGUGUGUAUUACAUUUCUGUCAGAUGAUGAACGUUCCAAUGGAUAUGUAUCUUCUCACUACACAAUUAACUUUUAUAAAACAUUUUCAAAUAUUAUUUAGAAGAACGAUUUAGCUCAUUUGCCCAUUCCAAUGCUAUUAAUUUGUCUGAAUAUAGCUUUCAUGGGACAGAAACAUCUAAUUUGCCAUUUUUGUCCCCUCUGAGUAUCAAGACACCAUUUCUUCAAUACAGUAGGCAGACAUGUAAUGCUUUAUAAGAUUAAUAAAUGUUUGAAUAGGACCUUUCAAAAAUAUGAAAUUGCAUUGUGUAUUUUUCUUUUCCUUUUCAUUCCUUACAUUGAUUAGCCUGUAAACUCUUCAGGAAACUAGUCAGUAUUUCUUAUGAAAGUGACAGUGGGCUAUAUUUUCAGUCUAUGAAAAUAUACCAAUUUUACAUUAGCUCCUGUUUGCCCCACCCCCCAGGAUGUCAUUUUCCAUUUUCUGAAUGUCCAUAAAACCUCAUAUUCAGAAUUAUUUGUACA